GUCAGCUAAAAUCCUACAGCGGUCAGCAGUUGCAGAGCCGUGCUGUGUGCUUGCAAGGAGGGGAUGGAGCAAAGCCUCAGCUUCUCGUGUUGGCUGCUCAGCCUCGUGCAUUAUUGCUGCAACAAUUAACUUCGUUUCUUUCCCGUGCAAUGAAAACACUGUAAGAGCAAGCUGUUAAUGGGAAGUGGCUUAACGAGGGGGGGGGGAGCAGCUGUGCUUACGUUGCUGCUUGUGUUGCAGCUCAUAGCUCUGGGAGCACAGCGGUGCCUUCGGAUGGGAGUUGAGCCUCUCCAAGUGCAUUGAGUGGCUCAGAGCUGGGCACCAGGAGUGCUGUGCAAUGGCAGUGUGUGAGGACACUGCUGCUCCUGCCUGCAUUUGGCUGGGGUUUCUCACCGUGAGGUCCCUGCCCAUAGGGCACAAUGAGGGUGACAGCAUCUGGAGGGGCUGGUGGCUCUGCGGAGAUGUGCCCGCAGCAGGGCCUGUUGGAAACAUCUCCCUAAACCUGUCUAACUCAUCCCUGUCCUGCUGUGUUCCCCUCCUUGGCACUGCUGGUAGCAGAGCAGUCAUUCUCUGUGCUGUGUCCCUGCAGAGCACUGCUCCCAUGGCCACGCCGGAUGUCAGUGUGCACAUGGAGGAGGUGGUGGUGGUGACGACGCCAGACACGGCAGUGGAUGGCAGUGGGGUGGAGGAGGUGAAGACAGUGCUGGUCACCACCAAUCUGUCCCAGCAUGGCAGUGACAUAAAUGAGGACACUCUGGAGACAGAAAACGCAGCUGCUGCGGCCGCUGCUGCCUUCACAGCAUCCACACACCUGAAGGAAGCAGUGCUAGUGAAGAUGGCUGAAGAUGAGGACAGCUUGGAGGCAGAGAUUGUGUAUCCUAUCACCUGUGGGGACAGCAAAGCCAACCUCAUCUGGAGGAAGUUCGUGUGCCCCGGGAUCAAUGUGAAGUGUGUGCAGUUCGACGGACACCUCAUCAGCCCCAAGGAAUUUGUGCACCUGGCAGGAAAGUCCACUCUGAAGGACUGGAAGCGGGCGAUCCGGAUGAAUGGGAUCAUGCUCCGGAAGAUCAUGGACUCGGGGGAGCUGGAUUUUUACCAGCACACCAAGGUCUGCUCCAACACUUGUCGGAGCACCAAGAUUGACCUGACUGGUGCCAGAGUGUCCCUGAGCAGCCAGACCUCCACGGAGUACAUCCCUCUCACUCCUGCUUCCACAGAUGUGAACGGAUCCCCAGCUACAAUUACCAUAGAAACAUGUGAGGAUGCCAGUGAUUGGACCACCAGCAUUGGAGAUGACACCUUUGCGUUCUGGCGAGGCCUGAGGGACGCAGGUCUCCUGGAUGAUGUCAUCCAGGAGUUCCACCAGGAGCUGCUGGACACCAUGCGGGGUUUGCAGCAGCGGGCACAGGACCCCCCCUUGCAGCUGGGAGAUGCUAUCCUACUCAACAAUGUGGUGCAGAACUUCAGGAUGCUGGACCUGGUCAAGAAAGUCCUGGCCAGCCACAAGUGCCAGAUGGAUCGCUCCAGGGAGCAGUACACACGGGAUCUGGCAGCUCUGGAGCAGCAAUGUGAUGAGCACCGCAAGCGUGCCAAGGAGCUGAAGCACAAAUCACAGCACCUCAACAACGUGCUGAUGACUCUGACUCCUGUCUCUGUCCCCACACCUUUAAAACGCCCUCGGCUCACCCGGGCCACCUCCGGACCGGCCGCCAUCACCUCCCAGGUGCUGUCCCAGCCGGCGCAGAUCGCCGUCACCCCAGCCGUGCCGAUGUCCCAACUCACCAGCCUGCCUCUGGGCAAAGUGGUCUCGACUCUCUCGCCCUCAGUGUUGGGUAAAACCCCAAACCAACCGCCUGCCGCCAGCUCUCCAGCCUCCCCACUGCUGGGUGGCUACACUGUACUGGCCUCUGCUGGCAACGCCUUCCCCGGUGCGGUGGAAAUCCACCCGGAUGCUCCCAACGUGACGGUGCUGAGCACGGCGGCAGCGACAGCUCAGGACAGCAGCACAGUUGUGAAGGUGCUCAGCCCUUUCCAGCUGCUGGCGCUGCCGGGGCUCGGUGCUGCCAUCCAGAACGUGACACAUGUGGGUGGUGGUGGUGCUGUGCUCAGUGUGCCCUCUGAGGGUCCCACGGCCGAGCACACCGCUGCCAUCGAGGUGACGGCGGUGGCUGAUGAAGCAGAGCAGAAGUGAAGCAGAGGGCCCUGCCUGGAGGGGACAUUCGUCACGGCACUCGGGGGAACGGCCUUGGGUCUGCGUGGUGCAAUGAGGGGCGUGGGUUAAGGAGGCUCAGGGCAGCUGGAGCUGGGAGCAAGGAGGUGUGCGGGGCAGGCAGCGAGGGAAGGGAGGAUGCCUGGAGGAGAUGAGGGCAGCAGCGUGCUCUGCCCUGAUGGGAGGAGGUCUGGAAAAAAACAACAAAAAAAAAAAAAACAAAAAAAAAAUUAAGGCUAGGUUUUUAUAAAGCUUUCCUCCCUGCUCUCUUGGGGUAGUUACUCCACGCUGCGUCUGAGGAGCAGAGUGGGGUGUAGUGUGAGCUGCAGGAGCAUGGAGCGCUAAGCCAGCACCGAGCUGGCUGCUGGGAGCCCACAGACUGAAGUGGGAUAAGUGUGGGACCACUCACUGUCCCUGUCCUGCAGCACAGAGCCCAGGGGCUGACCCUUGGGUGCAGGCACUGUGAGCGGGUGGCCCAGGUCAGAGAGAGGAGGAUCCCAGGUUGUGAUUCCCCAGAGAACAGAGGAACCCAGAGGGCCGGGAAGAGCUGCAACUUCUGGGGCUUUAGGGUCUCUUUUCUAUUUUUCUCAAAAAAAAAAAAAAAAA